AUGUUCAAGCACUCCAACUUUGCCUCCUUCGUCCGCCAGCUCAACAAGUACGACUUUCACAAGGUGAAAAACUCGGACGACAACCAGUUCGGCGAACACAGCUGGACCUUCCGCCACCCCGACUUCCACGUCGACCGCCGCGACGCGCUCGAAAACAUCAAGCGCAAGGUCCCCGCCGCGCGCAAGUCCGCCGCGCACACCAGCUCGCCGUCCCCGCCCAGCGCGUCCGUCGAAGCCCUCCAGGCGCGCCUCGACCAGAUGACGCGCGACCAGGAGGAGCUCGUCGCGCACGUCCGCAACCUCGAGAGCAACUACCAGAGCGUGCUCACCGAGAUGGUCAACUUUCAGCGGAACAUGGCGCAGCAGGACGGGUUGAUGCAGAACUUGAUACAGUACUUUUUGCAGCUCGAGAAUGGCAAAAUCAAGGCCGAAGAGCUCUCCUCCGCGCAGAACCCGCCCUCCGCGCCCGGCGGCGGGCCGUCCGCGCAGGCGGUGCAGGACGCGAACCACCCCUUCCUGCCCGCGACGGAGACGCAGCGCAUGAUGGCCGGCUUCCCCGACGGCGACGUCGCGCGCGCCAGUCUCGCGCAGAUGAACGAGAUCUCCCGCCGCGCGGAGGUCGCGGGCAUGAGCUUCGCGCCGCCCCAGCCCGCUGCGCAGCAACAGCAGCAGCAGCAGCAGCAGCAACAGCAACAACAGCAGCAGCAGGGUGCGAACGCGAGGAUUGCGGCGGCCGUGAAUGGGCUGGGGAUGGGAGAGGGCAUCGUCAGGCCGAUGAGCCGCCAGGAUGCACUCAAUCGCAUCGAGGAACUCACGCGCCAGAGGCCUGAGAGUGCCCAGGGCCAUCAUGUGCUGGCGCAGGCGCAGGCGGCGAUCGCGCACGGAGCGUCCCAGCAGAGCGGCAACGCGUCCGCCGCGCCGCAGGGCGGGGACGCGUCCGCGUUCGGCGGGGCGGACUUUACGUUCAGCAACGGGGGCGGGCUGAGCCUGAACUACCCGCAGAGCGUGAUGACGCACGAGGGCCUGCAGGUGUUCACGGUGGGGCACCUCCUCCCGCGGAGCGCGCUCGACGACGAGAACGGCAACUGGGCGUUCGACGCGGCCGCGCUCAACUCGGUCGUCAUGCCCACGCCGCAGGGCAUGGGCGGCGACCCGGAGCAGGAGGACGAGGGGAACACGAAGGCGCCGUAUAGUAUCGGGGCGGCGGCGAACGCGAUCGACUCGGCGUCCGCCGCGGCGGGUGUGGGCCCGAGCCCGAGCCCCGCGCAGGUGUCGCCGAGUGGCCGCCCGGAGAGCGCGCAGAAGCUGAGGGUGCGGAGGAGCACGUACGUGCCCGGGUGGGCGGUCCCGCCGCGGGUGCUCCUGGUGGACGACGAUGCGGUCAGCAGGCGGCUGAGCAGCAAGUUCUUGCAGGUUUUCGGGUGCACGAUCGACGUGGCUGUGGACGGCGUGGGCGCGGUGAACAAGAUGAACUUGGAGAAGUACGAUCUGGUGCUCAUGGACAUCGUGAUGCCGAAGCUGGACGGCGUGUCCGCGACGUCGCUCAUCCGGCAGUUCGACCACAUGACGCCGAUCAUCAGCAUGACGUCGAACAGCAAGCCGAACGAGAUCAUCAAGUACUACUCCUCGGGGAUGAACGACGUGCUCCCGAAGCCGUUCACGCGCGACGGGCUGCUGGACAUGCUCGAGAAGCACCUGAUGCACCUCAAGGUGAUCCAGACGAUGUCGAAGAUCCCGCGCUCGGUGGGGAUCCCGCCGCUGAGCGACGCGUCGUUCGACCAGGCGCUCCAGAUGCAGAUGCAGGGCGGCGCGCUGCUCGGCGGCGGGGAGGACGACGGGAAGAUCAACCCGCUUGCUGGCAUGGGCCUCACGGACGACCAGUACACGAUGAUCCUCCAGAACCUCGUCAACGGCGAGAGCUUCAUGGGCGUCGGCUCGCUCGAUGGCUCGCUCGACGGGAUGGGCGCGGGCGUCAAGCGCGGGCUGGACGACGGCAGCGACGGGCGCGAGCCGAAGAGGAGCCGCUUCGAGGUCGUCGAGUGA